ACCUACCACCACUGACAUUCACACACUUCACCAACCAACUCACCUCACCCGCAAAUCACAUACCACACACCAAUCUUCCCGUCAGCCAUGGACUUCCUCAAGAAUGCUGCCGGCCAGUUCAGCGGAAACAACGGACAGCAGCAGGGCCAUUCCAACCAGCAAGGCGGCAUGGGUAGCAGCAGCAGCGAAGGACAGCAACAGCAGGGCGGUGGCGGCGGCGGCUUCCUCGGAGGCCUGACCAACAAGCUCAACGGCGCCGCAGGAGGUGGUGUCGAGAGCGAGAAGAACGAGGACUACCUCGACAAGGGCGUCGACUACGUCCAAGAGAAGUUUAUGGGUCAAGGUGCUCAGAACAAUGAGAGCGCUGUCGAACAAGCCAAGGAUGAGCAGAUCUCGGACUUUAUCCGUGGACAGUUUAAGUCUCAGACUGGCCGCGACAUGCCGAUCAAGGACAAGCCCACUGCCAUGGACAGGAACGUCGACUAAGCUGCGUUGGGGAUGUGAGGUGAUAUCUCCCAAGUCUUUCGAGCUGCUCCGACUUCAUCAUGUAGUCUGUUGCAAGCUAUGACCGAGAAUGAAAUGCAAUGUCUCCAAUCAAUUGCAUUCUUGUGCGCCACUUGUCCGGGUGAUCGUGAAGCACUUUCUCUCACCAAAAAGUGCAGUCGUGUCAGUAUGGCCACUACCUGACGUGUUAUUACCCUCGCACCUUACGGCUCGAGACCUUCCUGCUUGGUUCGAAGAUAAUCGAAAAUGUGUUGUGCUGACGGGUGAGUUGAAAACCAAAGUGCGCACUGAUCGUGGCUGCCAGGAGCAUUUUCCGGCGUAUGAAGAGGUGGGAAAGUGAGUUGUGCUGUAAAGCAUAGUCAAUGGCUAUUCCGAGCGUAUGACGCCCUCCUUUCUUGGCUGCAGCUAGAAAUGGAGAUUUUGUCAACACAAUUUCGACCGAUUCUAUUUUCAACUCACACUCUACAAUCAUACCGUCUGACAUGGACGGUACACUCGACUUCAAGCAAGGCGUCGCCAUUGCACUUUGAUGCAGCUGUGAGCCCAUGUUUUUC